AAUUACAUUAAUGACUUAAAAAUUAAUCGAAUUUUCUUUAUCACAGGAGAAGCUGGCGUUCCGAAGGCGGCCAGCAAGAAGGUCAGCGAAGAAUGCAUAACCGACGAGUUUGGAGCCAAAGAUUAUCGCUCGCAAAUGGAUCUCAAACCGGACCACGAGCUUCGUCCUCUCUGGGUCGCACCAGAUGGUCACGUUUUCCUUGAAUCUUACUCGCCUCUUUACAAACAAGCGCAUGACUUCCUUAUUACCAUAUCAGAACCGUUGUGCCGUCCCGAGUUCCUUCACGAGUACCAGUUGACUGCAUAUUCGCUGUACGCUGCGGUGUCGGUCGGCUUGCAGACCAGUGACAUAAUCGAGUACCUGGAACGUCUGUCGAAAACCACGUUGCCUACGGGCAUCACCGAUUUCAUUAAACUCUGUACCAUAAGCUACGGCAAGGUGAAGCUAGUCCUGAAGCAUAACCGUUACUUCGUGGAAUCAACUCAUUCUAAUGUCAUCCAACAGCUGCUGAAGGACUCUGUCAUUCGAGGGUGUAUCCUCCUCGGUGAAGAUAAUAAGCCAGAGAUGACCACUGAGCAACACGCAGAGGAUUCUGCAAACGAGUCUUCCGAGCAGCAGUACAUACGCAAAUGCUUGAGUAAUUUAGAUAAAGACGACGAUGACGAAAGAGCUGUGAGAAAUUUGGAGGUUUUCGUCUUUGAAGUGAAACAGGAAAGCAUCGAAGUUUUGCAGAAGCGCUGUAUCGAAAUGGAAUAUCCACUGUUGGCCGAGUACGACUUUCGUAACGACACGCAGAAUCCUAAUCUCGAAAUUGAUCUCAAACCUUGUGCUGUUUUGAGGCCUUAUCAGGAAAAAUGUCUUCGGAAAAUGUUCGGCAACAGUAGAGCGCGGUCCGGGGUCAUUGUUCUGCCCUGCGGUGCCGGCAAAAGCUUGGUUGGAGUAACGGCGUGUUGUACAGUCAACAAACGUUGCCUCGUGCUGUGCAACUCUAACGUGUCUGUACAGCAGUGGCGUACGCAAUUUAAGGUUUGGUCGACGGUCGAAGAUUCAAAAAUAAUACGUUUCAUCCGUGAAUCUGGUGACAAGGUGCCCUCUGGCACUCGUAGCGGCGCUCCAUUCAUUUGCGUAUCGACUUACUCAAUGAUCGCUUUCCAAGGCAAAAGGUCAUUCGAUGCAGAACGGAUGAUGAACUGGUUACAGGAACAAGAAUGGGGUCUUCUGAUUCUAGAUGAGGUGCACACGAUUCCGGCCAGGAUGUUUCGCCGCGUAUUGACGAUCGUGCAUUCGCAUUGCAAACUGGGUUUGACGGCGACACUUGUUCGAGAGGACGACAAGAUCACCGACCUUAACUUUCUGAUUGGGCCAAAGUUGUACGAAGCGAAUUGGAUGGAAUUGCAGAAAGCCGGCUACAUCGCCCGUGUUCAGUGCGCAGAGGUGUGGUGUCCAAUGACUGCCGAGUUUUAUUACUACUAUUUGGAUGCGAAGAUAGGCAGAAAACUGCUGCUGUCAGUUAUGAAUCCAAAUAAGUUUCGAGUCUGUGAAUUUCUGAUCAAGUACCAUCAGCAAAGAAAUGACAAGAUAAUCGUAUUUUCGGACAACGUGUUUGCAUUGAAAAAAUACGCCAUUAAGUUCGGCAUUCCGUUUUUAUAUGGCGACACUUCGCAGAAUGAACGCAUGCAGAUACUGCAGAAUUUUCAGUACAACCCGAAAGUGAACGCUAUUUUCGUUUCUAAAGUAAGAGCUGCAUUUGAAGCUGUCACUCAUGGCGGUUCCAGGAGACAAGAAGCUCAGCGGCUUGGACGAAUUCUUAGGCCCAAAAAGGGCUCAUCGGACCAGUUCAACGCCUUCUUCUAUUCCUUGGUGUCCCAAGAUACGAUCGAAAUGAGUUACAGUCGUCGACGUCAGAAGUUUUUGAUCAAUCAGGGAUACAGUUACAAGGUGAUCACGAAACUGGUUGGCAUGGAUGCCAAAAAUUUGUCGUUUGCCACGAAGGAAGAGAAGGUAGAGCUCCUUCAGCAGGUUUUGACUGCCUCUGAUGCAGAUAUCGAAGAAGAAGAGGGGGACGAGCUUAAAGAUGAAUAUUUGGACAGCUGGAAAUCUCAACCGAAGUUUGUACGCAAAGAGGGCAGCAUGAGCUCUCUGUCCGGUGUUCACAGCUUGGUCUACGCCCAAGCGGAUAAGUCAAAAGCCUCUUGGAAGGAAAGACAUCCGUUGUUCAAACGUUUCAGAAGAUGA